CAUUCCACCCACCACCCACCUUCCUUUCCUCUCUCUCUGUCUGACUGUCUCCCUCCGUCCCUCGAAGCUUCUCUGGUUUCAGACGCAACCCCGCGGGUCGCGGGAUCAAGGAGCCAGAGAGCGGGACGCAGCGAGCGUUCCGCCAGAGAUCGAGACCGUAGCUAGGGUUUGAGGCGCCGGGCUGCGGUGGACGAGAUGUCGACGCCGGCGAGGAAGCGGCUGAUGCGGGACUUCAGGCGCCUGCAGCAGGACCCGCCCGCCGGGAUCAGCGGCGCGCCGCACGACAACAACAUCAUGCUCUGGAACGCCGUCAUAUUCGGGCCGGAUGAUACGCCGUGGGACGGUGGCACGUUCAAGCUUACCUUGCAGUUUACAGAAGAUUACCCAAACAAGCCACCAACUGUUCGAUUUGUCUCUAGGAUGUUUCAUCCAAAUAUAUAUGCUGAUGGAAGCAUCUGUUUGGAUAUCCUACAGAACCAGUGGAGUCCUAUAUAUGAUGUUGCUGCAAUUUUAACUUCUAUCCAGUCCCUGCUGUGUGAUCCAAACCCAAACUCCCCUGCAAACUCAGAAGCAGCAAGACUGUUCAGCGAGAACAAGCGGGAGUACAACCGCAAAGUCCGUGAGAUCGUGGAGCAGAGCUGGACAGCCGACUAGUGCAUAAGGAUGCUCGUCGUGCCCGAUAGGGGCACAAUAAGAAAGCGUGAAAAAAAAAACACACCCACUCCUUGUGUUUCUGGUUCGCCAGGCUUGUCGAAACAUUGAAGAACCCCAGUGAUUGGUUUGUAGUCUGUCGUCGUCGUUCUGCCCCCAUCAAGAGCCCCGGUUGCUCAUGGUGGUGGCUGUCGUAAUGUAGCGGUUGUUGACCUAUCUUCUCAUGAAUUGAAAGGAUCCUGCCCAUGUACAAAAAUUAUAGCGUGGGAAUGGUUGUUUGA